CCCCCCCCCCCCCCCCCCCCCGCUCCCAGUCCCGCUCCCUCUCUCUAUCCCUGCAAUAUGAAGGCAGCGCCGGGCAGCGCCGAGGAGGCAGAGAAGCUGAACAAGAUGAGCUCCCUCCUGGAAAGGCUCCACGCCAAGUACAGCCAGAACCGGCCCUGGGCAGAAACCAUGAAGUUGGUCCGGCAGGUCAUGGAAAAGCGAGUGGUGCUGAACUCAGGGCGACACCAACACCUGGUGAGCUGCUUGGAGACCCUGCAGAAGGCCCUGAAAGUGUCAUCUCUGCCUGCCAUGACCGAUCGCCUGGAGUCCAUCGCCAGGCAGAGCGGCCUCGGAUCCCACCUGAGUGCGAACGGCACCGAGUGUUACAUCACCUCUGACAUGUUUUAUGUGGAGGUGCAGCUGGACCCCACAGGGCUGCUCUGUGAUGUCAAGGUGGCUCACCAUGGAGAAAACCCUGUGAGCUGUCCAGAGCUGGUGCAACAUCUGAGAGAGAAAAAUUUUGAUGAGUUUUCAAAGCAUCUGAGGGGACUUGUGAACCUGUAUAAGCUGCCAGGGGACAACAAACUUAAAACUAAAAUGUACUUGGCUCUGCAGUCCUUGGAGUUGGAUCUCCAAAAGAUGGCUGGGAUGUACUGGCAAGCCACCAAUGCAAACCCCCUGGACAAGAUCCUCCAUGGCAGUGUUGGCUAUCUCACCCCCAGGAGUGGAGGUCUCCUGAUGAACCUCAAAUACUAUGUCUCCCCCUAUGAUUUAUUUGAGGAUGGCACUGGAGCCCCCGUGGUUCUGCACGAGAACAACGUUCCUCGCUCGCUGGGUAUGAACGUGUCAGUGACAGUCGAGGGAACCAUGGCAAUGCACAAGCUUCCAAUUGCUCCACUGAUCAUGGGCUCCCAUCCUGUGGACAGCAAAGGAACUCCAUCUUUCUCCUCCAUCACCAGUGCCAACAGUGUGGACCUGCCAGCUUGUUUCUUCCUGAAAUUUCCACGUCCCAUUCCAGUGUCUCGAGCUUUCAUCCAGAAGCUGCAGAGCUGCACAGGUAUCCCACUGUUCGACACAGCUCCCACCUUUGUGCCCCUGUAUGAGCUGAUCACACAGUUUGAGUUGUCCAAGGAGGCUGAUCCGCUGCCCCUGAACCACAACAUGCGCUUCUAUGCCGCUCUCCCAGGACAGCAGCACUGUUACUUCCUGAACAAGGACGCUCCUCUCCCGGACGGACGGAGCCUGCAGGGAACUCUGCUCAGCAAAAUCGCCUUCCAGCACCCCGGCAGGGUGCCCCUGAUCCUCAACCUGAUCCGGCACCAGGUUGCCUACAACACCCUCAUUGGCAGCUGUGUCAAGAGGACAGUCCUGAAGGAAGAUUCUCCUGGGAUCCUGCAGUUUGAAGUUUGUCCUCUCUCUGACUCCUGUUUCAGUGUAUCCUUCCAGCACCCUGUGAAUGACUCCCUGGUGUGUGUGGUGAUGGAUGUGCAGGACUCCAGCCAUGUGAACUGUAAGCUGUACAAAGGGCUGUCUGAUGCCCUCAUCUGUACAGAUGAUUUCAUUGCCAAAGUUGUUCAAAGGUGCAUGUCCAUCCCUGUCACCAUGAGAGCCAUCCGUAGGAAAGCAGAAACCAUCCAAGCUGACACGCCAGCCCUGUCCCUCAUUGCAGAGACAGUUGAAGACAUGGUGAAGAAAAACCUGCCCCCAGCCAGCAGCCCAGGGUAUGGCAUGACCACAGGCAGCAACCCAAUGAGUGGGACCACCACCCCAACCAACACUUUUCCUGGGGGGCCCAUCACUACUUUGUUUAACAUGAGCAUAAGCAUGAAAGAGAGGCAUGACUCGGUGGGCCAUGGGGAGGACUUCAGCAAAGUGUCUCAGAACCCUAUUCUCACUAGUUUGUUGCAGAUCACAGGGAAUGUGGGGUCUACCAUUGGCUCAAGUCCAACCCCCCCCCACCACACACCACCACCAGUAUCCUCACCAGCCAGCAACACCAAGAACCACCCCAUGCUCAUGAACCUUCUUAAGGAGAAUCCCCCUCAGGAUUUCUCCACUCUGUAUGGGAGCAGCCCUCUGGAAAGGCAGAACUCUUCCUCUGGCUCCCCCAGAAUGGAAAUGGGCCCUGGGGGGAAUAAGCAAAAGAAAAAAAAAUCCCGCAUGCCAGCCGACAAACCCAAGCACCAGACUGAGGAUGAUUUCCAGAGGGAGCUCUUUUCCAUGGAUGUCGACUCCCAGAACCCCAUUUUUGAUGUCAACAUGACUGCAGACACCCUGGACACCCCUCAUAUUACUCCAGCACCCAGCCAGUGCAGCACUCCUCCCACCACGUACCCCCAGGCUCUGCCCCACGCCCAGCCCAGUAUCCAGAGGAUGGUUCGCCUGUCCAGCUCGGACAGCAUCGGGGCCGAUGUCACCGACAUCCUCUCGGAUAUAGCCGAGGAGGCCUCCAAGCUGCCCACCAGUACUGAGGACUGCCCACCCAUUGGGACUCCAGUCAGAGACUCUUCUAGUUCAGGACAUUCACAAAGUGCCCUCUUUGACCCCGAUGUUUUUCAGACCAACAGCAGUGAGAAUCCCUACACAGACCCCGCUGACCUGAUCGCGGAUGCCGCUGUGAGCCCCAGCAGCGACUCCUCCAACCAUUUUUUUCCAGAUGGGGUAGAUUUCAACCCUGACUUGCUGAACAGUCAGAGCCAGAGUGGUUUUGGGGAGGAAUACUUUGAUGAGAGCAGUCAGAGCGGUGACACUGAUGAUUUCAAGGGUUAUGCCCCCCAGGCUCUAACUAAUUUGGGGGUGCAAGUCUUGGGGGCUGACGGGGGGGAAAAUAAAUUUAAGGGGAGCACUCCGUCCGAUACGGUGGAUUUUAGUAUUAUCGCAGCUGCAAGCAAAGCACUGGGGUCCUCUGACAUCAUGGAGCACCACAGUGGAGGUCAGAGCCCUUUGCUGAACACGGGGGAUUUAGGAAAAGAGAAGUCUCAGAAACGGGUAAAGGAAGGCAAUGGGUCUGGAGGCGCCAUGGCGGGCGCUGGCAUGGAUGGGAAGCCAGGGAAGCGCAGCAGGACGCCAUCCAGCGAUGGCAAAAGCAAAGAGAAACUUCCAAAGAGGAAGAAGCAGGAGACAGAUGGGAAAUCUCCAUCCCACAGCUCAUCCAACAGGCCCUUCACACCACCAGCAAGCACAGGUGGGUCCAAAUCUCCGGGGACUUCGGGCAGAUCCCAGACUCCUCCUGGAGUAGCUACUCCUCCUAUUCCAAAAAUAACCAUUCAGAUCCCAAAAGGAACAGUGACUGUUGGCAAACCGUCUUCACACGGCCAGUACACGAGUAGUGGGUCUGUCACCUCCUCCAGCAGCAAAAGCCAUCAUAGCCAUUCUUCCUCCUCCUCCUCUUCUUCCUCCUCUUCAACCUCAGGCAAAAUUAAAAGCAAAUCAGAAGGGUCUUCUGGCUCAAAGAUGAGCAGCAGCCUGUACUCCAGCCAAGGCGGUUCUGGUUCGGGUCAGUCCAAGGGCUCGGCGCAGUCGGUGGGAAAGCCGGGAUCCUCCCCCAUCACCAAGCACGGCCUCAGCACCGGCUCUGGCAGCACCAAGAUGAAACCUCAAGGAAAGCCAUCGUCCCUCAUGAACCCUUCCAUGAGCAAACCAAACAUCUCCCCGUCCCACUCGAGACCCUCGGGGGGUUCUGACAAACUCGCCUCUCCCAUGAAACCUGUCCCAGGCACUCCCCCGUCGUCUAAAGCAAAGUCACCCAUCAGUUCAGGUUCUGGUGGGUCCCACAUGUCUGGGACUGGGUCGAGCUCGAGCAUGAAAUCAUCUUCAGGAAUGGGAUCCUCCGGGUCUAUGUCACAGAAACCGCCUCCCUCGUCCAAUUCCUCCACGGCCUCUUCAUCUUCAUUUUCAUCCAGUGGGUCUUCCAUGUCUUCAUCCCAGAACCAGCAUGGGAGCUCCAAAGGCAAGUCCCCGAGCAGAAACAAGAAGCCAUCGCUGACGGCAGUCAUAGACAAGCUGAAGCACGGGGUGGUGACGAGUGGGCCGGGCGGGGACGACCCCAUGGAUGGGCAGAUGGGGCCCAGUUCCAAUUCCUCAAGCCAUACGAUGUCCUCCAAACACAACAUGUCUGGAGGGGAGUUCCAGGGAAAGCGGGAGAAGAGCGACAAGGAGAAGUCGAAGGUCUCUGUUUCUGGAGGAUCCGUCGACUCCUCCAAGAAGAACUCGGAUUCCAAAAACGUUGGAAGCACUGGAGUGGCCAAAAUUAUCAUCAGCAAACACGAUGGUGGUUCCCCCAGCAUUAAAGCCAAAGUAACUCUGCAGAAACCUGGGGAAGGAGGUGGGGACGGCUUGAGGCCUCAAAUGGCUUCUUCCAAAAGCUACGGAUCCCCCCUGAUCAGCGGCUCCACCCCCAAACACGAGCGCUGCUCCCCCAGCCACAGCAAAUCCCCGGCCUACACCCCCCAGAACAUCGACAGCGAGAGCGAGUCGGGCUCUUCCAUUGCCGAGAAAUCCUACCAGAACAGCCCCAGCUCCGACGACGGCAUCCGGCCCCUGCCUGAGUACAGCGCCGAGAAACACAAGAAGCACAAAAAGGAGAAGAAAAAAGUGAAGGACAAAGAGCGGGACAGAGAGAGGGAGCGGGAAAAGGACAGGGACAAGAAGAAGUCGCACGGCAUGAAGCCCGAGAGCUGGUCCAAGUCGCCCAUCUCGGCCGAGCAGUCUCUGGCCAUGGCCAGCAGCGCCAUCCUCUCGGCCGAGCGGCCGUCCCGCGCCAGCCCCGAGUUCCUCAUCGGCGAGGAGGAUGAUGAUCUCAUGGAUGUUGCUUUAAUUGGCAAUUAAUUUGUCCCACAUGAGCUGUCUGAACAUCCUGGAGGGAAGGAAGGAUUCAUCCGAAACCUGCCACGCUGAUCUUCACGGGGUGUGUUUGGAGAGGAGGGGG